AUGCUCGCCACGGACCCCACCGUCGCGCUUCGAAUACCUGUUCGCAACCCGCCCCGCUCACUCUUCACCUCCACCACCACUUGCUGCUUCUAUUCAGGAGGAACUCGAUCGAGACCCAGCUUCUCCGUGGGUCCCACUCUUUCCCUCAAUUCUAUCAAAAUGCAACUGCUUCGCCGCCUCAAGGUUGAGGCCGAAAUCGGCGGUGAAGACUUGUUCAACGCUGGUGCCACGGAUAAACGAGUUCCUAAUCACCUUGUUAUUAUGGUUAAUGGUAUAACUGGAAGCGCUUCUGAUUGGAGAUAUGCUGCAGAGCAGUUUGUGAAGAGGCUUCCAGAUAAAGUUAUUGUGCACCGCAGUGAAUGCAAUUCUUCAAGAUUGACGUUUGACGGUGUUGACACAAUGGGUGAGCGGUUAGCUGAAGAGGUACUGUCGGUUGCUAGACGAUGGCCAGAGGUACAGAAGAUAUCCUUUGUCGCACAUUCUUUAGGAGGCUUGGUUGCAAGAUAUGCAAUUGGAAGACUUUAUCAUAGUUCUUUAAAAUUGGAACAUCUUGGUACCACCAGAAACUGUUUCAAUGAAGAGAAGACAGAAUAUUCAAAACAGUACCUUGAACAGAGUUAUGAAGCCAAAGUUGCUGGUUUAGAGCCAAUGAACUUUAUAACAUUUGCAACACCUCAUCUAGGUUCAAGAGGAAAUAAACAGGUACUUUUAUAUUAG